GGCGCUCGCGCGCCGGUGUGACAGAACCCGAGCGUCCUCGCGUAACAGCACCCUCUCGGCGCGCGCUGGACGAGGGCAUCAGCGUGCCUACGACCCCUCUGUGAAGAUUGAAGGCUCGGCUGUCGCCCCUGACGAUGACAAAGAAGAGGAUGAUGACGGUAGAGAGGUCUGCCCCUGUUGUGGCGAGUAAUUUUGUGUGAGAGAGCCGUGAAUCGGACGGGAGGUUCGCCAAAGGAGGGGGCAGCAGAGAAGAUGUCUGCAAACACACCUACCUCAGCCCCUCCCCCUAAGAAGAGCAGGGGGAAGCAGGAGGCUAUGGAGGCAGCCAAUGAGGAGCUGAAGACCAAACUGUCUGACAUACAAAAUGAGCUGCAGCAGGAAAGGAUGAAGGUGAGUAAGCUGCGGGAGCGGGUGCAGGAGCUGCGAGCCCAGCGGGAAACUGAGCAGCACAAGCACUCUGUGGCUCUGACAGAGCUGCGGGUGAAGCUGCACGAGGAGAAGCAGCGGGAAGUGGCGGCGGUGCGGGAGGCGAUGUGCAGGCAGCACGACGCUGAACUGUCCCGGGCUGGCCGCCUGCAUGAGGCAGAGCUGGCUCGCCUUCAGGCCCUGGUCAGUGUGCUGCGGGACGGGGCCAGCGCGGAGCUGAGGAACGCCCUGAGGGAGGAGGCACGCGAGGAGGCACGCAGGAGCCACGAGGCCGAGAGGCUGAAGCUGUCGCAGGAGCUGCAGGAGGCCAAGGUGGCCCGGAAGCAGGCCGAGGAGGCGCUCGCCAAUGCCGUGCAGGCCGACAAGGCCAAAGCAGCUGACCUCAGGGUGGCCCACCAGGCCCAUCAAGAGGAGAUCCAGCGGAUCAAACGAGAGAGCGAGAGAGACAUCCGCAGGCUGAUGGAGGAGCUGCGGGGGAGGGACCGUGUGGUUCAGGCUCUGGAGAAGGAGCUGGGCGUGCAGGCAGGUCAGACCCAGAGGCUGCUGCUGCAGAGGGAGGCCGAGCGUCACCACGGCAGCCCGAAGAGAGAGGUCGUUCCUACCCUCGGAGAGAACUGUGACUCCAUCAGCAGCCAGGAGGUAGAUGAGAGGGACACUCGCAGGUUCCAGCUGAAGAUCGCAGAGCUGCAGGCUGUCAUCAGGAAGCUAGAAGACAGAAACACACUACUGUCAGAUGAGAGGACUGAACUGUUGAAGCGCGUGCGAGAAACUGAUGGACAGAUGAAGCCGCUGUUAGAGAAGAACAGACGGAUGAGUAAAAAGAAUGAAGAGCUCCUGCAGACCCUGCAGCGCAUGGAGGACAAGCUGAAGUCCCUCAGCCGCGAGAACGCUGAACUGAAGGAGAAGGUGAACUCCGAAUCCCAGCAUGCACUGCUGAAGAGGCCCAGCUCACUGACUGAUCUAAGCCACGCCCACGAGCAGCAGGAGGUGGAGUUUCUGCGGCUGCAGGUCAGCGAACAGCGCAGCGUCAUCGAGGAGCUCACGCAGGAGCGAGACAGACUGAUGAUAAACAAAAGGAACAAGAGGAAAAAUAUCAGACUGCCGAAGAGGCAUGUUGUGGAGACAUAUUUUGGAUUUGAUGAGGAAUCUAUUGAUUCAGAAACGUCCUCUCUGACGUCAUACAACACAGACCACACCCCCGCCACGCCGGAGGAGGAGCUUGAAGAUGCCUUCUCUCGGGAGGAGGCGGAGCUUCGUUUUCGGCAGCUGACGCGAGAGUACCAGGCACUGCAGCGAGCCUAUGCUCUUCUCCAGGAAACCACCGGCCCCCUGGAUCCUGAGAGACACUGCAGGACGCGGGAGCAGCUGCAGGCGGAGCUGAGCGCCUGCCAGGCGCGGAUCGCUGACUUGGAGAGGAGCCUGGCCGAGAAGGGGCAGGACUCAAAGUGGGUGGAAGAGAAGCAGAACCUCAUCAGGGUCAAUCAGGAACUGAGAGAAAAGAUAGAGUUACUGGAGCAGUGCGAGCUACGCUUGCGUUCCGAGGUGCGGGACACUCAAGACCAGAACGAGCUGCUGGAGUUCCGCAUCCUCGAACUGGAAGAGAGGGAGCGGCGUUCUCCUGCCUUUAACUUGCAUAUCUCUGCCUUGGAAAACAACAGCAGCCUGCAGCUACACUGCCAACAGGAGGGCAUCAAGGAUGUCAUUAUUCCUGACCUCAUAAAGAAGCUGGACAUCCUGGGAGACAACGGGAACUUGCGGAAUGAGGAGCAGGUGACCGUGAUCCAGGCCAGCACUGUGCUGUCCCGCUGCGAAAAGUGGCUGAAGCAGAUUGAUAGCACAGAGGCAGCACUCAUGCAGAAGAUGAUUGAUCUUGAGAACGAAAAGGAGCUGUUCAGUAAGCAGAAGGGCUUCCUGGAGGAGGAGCUGGACUACAGGAAACAGGCCUUAGACCAAGCUCACCUGAGGGUUCAGGAGCUGGAGGCCACGCUUUACGCCAUCCUGCAGCAAGACCCAGAUAACCGAUUGGCUGAGAGUUUGAGUGACAGGCAGCGGGCGGAGCUUGCUGAGUCGAUGGAGGCUGUGCGCAGGCAGAUCCUCAGACAGAGCCGUCACGCAGACACACUGAUCCUGCAGCAGCGCAUGGAGCUCCUGCAGUCCGCACAACAGAGGAUCAGAGAACUGGAGGACAAGAUUGAUAUGCAGAGACGACAAAUCAAAGAGAUCGAAGAGAAGUUUUUGUUUCUUUUCUUGUUUUUCUCCCUAGCUUUUAUUCUCUGGCCUUAAACACACACACACAUACACACACACACACCUACACACCCAGGUGCAGUAUCUGAAUGGAAGUUAUGGACUCCUCUUGCCACAACUGAACUCUGCUCAGACCAACAUUCCUCAGUUAUUUUGUGAUCUUUUUAAUAUUUUUAUGCAUUUCCAAAUACAAUUGUCAACAUCACCAGGUCCAGGUAAAGCUGCUUCACUCAGU